GAGCCUUUCUUACAUAAAACCCCCACUCACGCCUUCCUCCUUUUCCAUUUUCUCUUUCCUUAGCUCUGAAGCUGUUUACUUUUAUUUGAAUUUCUUUUUACUUCAUUCUGGCCUUUGAAAUUGAAUCGCCGAUGGCGGAGCAAGAGGAGAUUUCCGAUCCUAGGACCGAUUCCUUGGUGGACAGAAUCUCCGAGAAGAUUCACGGUGGCGACGAUACCUCCUCUUCUUCCGACUCUGACUCUCAAGUCAAGGAGGCUGCGUCCCCGCCUGCCUCCGUGAAGGCAAAGAUUUACCGUUUGUUCGGCCGUGAAAAGCCGGUUCACAAGGUCUUUGGUGGAGGCAAACCUGCUGAUAUAUUUUUGUGGAGGAACAAGAAAAUAUCUGCUACAGUGCUUGGCGGUGCAACUGCAGUUUGGGUUCUUUUUGAAUUGCUGGAGUACCAUUUGCUUACUCUGGUCUGCCAUGUAUCAAUCCUUGCCCUUUCAUUGUUGUUCUUGUGGUCUAAUGCAACAACUUUCAUUAACAAGAGGCCUCCACAUAUUCCGGAAGUUCGCCUUCCUGAGGACCCAUUUCUUGAGGUUGCUUCAGUCCUUCGGACUGAGAUCAAUCGUGGUUUCGCUGUGUUGAGAGAAAUUGCAUCCGGCAGGGAUCUCAAGAAAUUCCUUAUGGUUGUUGUGGGGCUAUGGGCUCUUUCAAUUGUGGGCAGCUUCUGCAACUUCUUGACCCUGUUUUAUAUAGUAUUUAUUCUGCUGCACACGGUACCUGUUUUGUAUGAGAAGUAUGAUGAUAAGAUUGAUGCAUUUGCCGAGAAAGCGAUGAUUCAGAUAAAAAAGCAGUAUGCAGUCUUUGAUGCUAAGGUCCUCAGCAAGAUCCCAAGGGGACCACUGGGGAAGAAGAGGGAUUAGAGAUGAUAUGGUUACCACCCGCUGACAUUACAGGAUAUGCUUAUACUCCUACAAUCAGCGUCUCUUUCUGGCUUCAGCUGUUAAAUGUGGAAAAACAUUGUGGUUUUUGAUCAAUUUAUAAUAGGUUAUCGGAGUGUGUAAUGUUUUGUUGGUAAGGAGUUUGUGUUUUGUCAGCCUCUGCUCAUGCUUUUAGAUCUUCUUUGAGCGUGAUGUAUAUGGAUUCUAUGCUACAGUUAUUUCAAUUGUUUGUGGAACA